AUAUUUUAAGGGAUGUAUCGGAGCUUUAGAUGGUACUUACAUCAAUGUCCUUGUAAGCAAUGCGGAUAAGCCUCGCUAUCGCAAUAGAAAGGGUCAGAUCUCAACUAACACCCUUGCUGCGUGUGACCGCAAAAUGAGAUUUUUAUAUUUUUUACCGGGCUGGGAAGGCUCCGCCGGUGAUUCUCGUGUGCUUAGGGAUGCAGUACAUAGAGAAGGAGGUUUGAGAGUUCCCAAAGGGAAUUACUUUUUAUGCGACAAUGGUUAUGCAAACUCUGAAGGUUUUCUCACGCCGUACAAAGGUGUACGGUACCAUUUGAAAGAAUGGGGAGUAGGAACGCAACGGCCUCAGAAUGCACAAGAGAUGUUCAACUUGAGGCACACGAAAGCACGUAAUAUUAUUGAGCGAGCAUUCGUAGUUGUCAAAAUGCGAUGGGCUGUGCUUAGGAGUGCCAGCUUUUACCCAAUAAAGAUCCAGAUAAGGAUGAUCAUGGCUUGUUUCCUAUUGCAUAAUUUCAUUCGUGGGGAGAUGUCGCACGAUCCAAUUGAAGAAGCACUUGAUGUCGAGAUAUCCAGAAAUGAGGAGGAUAAUGAUAAUGGUGACAUGGAGUUUGUGGACCAAGUAGAGCCCACAAUACCACUAUUGAAGCACCAAAGUAAAAGAAUGCUUGGGUGAAUGUUAUAUACCACAGAAACCCUAGAGGGAGAAUGGUCAUUUCAAGUCCAUUAGUCCUUUUUUAAUAUAGACUACCAAACAGCUGACAAAAUGGGUUAAAAAAAUGAAAUGGGCUACCAAACACCUGAUUAGUAACCCAACAUGUACUGAAACCUAACUCUAACUAAAGUUUCAAGUUAACU